AUGUCUCUUGACACCGAUGUCCUCAUUAUUGGGGCUGGAAUGUCCGGCCUCGGGUUCGCAAUCCAGCUACAAACGGACUUCCCCCAAGCUAGCUACGAAAUAAUUGAGAAAUCAGACGGGUUUGGGGGGACUUGGUGGGCUAAUACCUACCCUGGCUGUGGAUGUGAUGUUCCAUCCCAUGUGUAUUCCUACUCAUUCGAUCUCAAGCCGGACUGGAGCAUGAAGUAUGCCCUCCAACCAGAGAUAUUAGCUUAUUUCCGCUCUGUUGUUGAAAAAUACAAUAUCACGCAACAUAUCAGGUAUAACUCCAUGGUCCAGACUGCGGUAUUUGACGAAAAAUCUGGGACCUGGCAGGUGGUAGUCUUAGACCGGAAAACGAAUCUGCUAAGGCAUCGACGAUGCAAAAUAUUGAUAUCUGCGGUUGGCGCCUUGUCGAUUCCGAAAGAGUGUGACAUUAAAGGAUCAGAUAAGUUCCGUGGGAAGCUUUUCCACUCUGCACAAUGGGAUCAUCAAUUCAAUUGGGCGGAUAAGGAUGUUAUUGUCGUUGGGAAUGGGUGCAGUGCAACUCAGUUCGUUCCCAUAAUGACCGGCGGCGGGAACAAGGUCCGAAAGCUCACUCAGUUUAUCCGUCAACCGCACUGGGUGAUUGAACGCCCGAAUCCUCAAUAUUCCCCUCUCUUCAAAUGGAUAAUGCGUUAUGUACCGCUUGCAAUGAGAUCAUAUCGAGCAUGGCAUUUCAGUUGGCUGGAAUAUUCCUUUCGGGAGUUCUAUCUCGAGUCCGGGCGUAAGCUCCGGGAAGACCAGACCGUCACACAUCUGGACUAUAUGAGACGGACAGCACCAGCCAAGUAUCACGAUGUAUUAACGCCAAAGAUCGAGUUCGGUUGCAAGCGUAAGGUUAUGGAUACCGAUUAUUUCGCUUGCCUGCACCGGGAAAAUAUGGAGCUGGUUGCCACGGAUCCGAUUGAAGAGAUAACGGAAACUGGGGUAAUAACUAAAUCAGGGAAAGCGGUCGAUGCCGAUGCCAUCGUCCUUGCAAACGGGUUCCAAACGCAACAAGUCCUUUACCCUUUAGAUAUUAAAGGCGAGAAAGGUAUCUCUUUAACAGAACAUUGGGAAAAUUUCGCCGGGAACACUCCCCAGGCUUAUUUUGGUACAUGUGUGUCGGGGUUUCCAAACUUCUUCAUCAUGAUGGGCCCAAAUACCGCAACAGGUCAUCUCUCGGUGAUAUACACUUCGGAAUGCCAAAUAAAUUUCACAAUCCGCGCCAUUCGGCCGGUCAUGCAAUCUCUCUACCCAUCUCCACUCCUAGAUCUCAAUCCGUUUGGACGGAAACCAUGUGAUACCGUUGCAGUCACCCCGGCAGCAGAACGAGAGGAUAACUCAUGGGUUCAAUCGGCCCUCAAGGGGUUUGUGUGGGCGUCCGGCUGCAGCAACUGGUACGUCGAUGAGAAGACAGGGAAAAACACAAUGUUAUAUCCCGAUUGGCAGUUGAAAUACUGGCUUCGCAGUAUCUUUGUUCCUUUCUCGUCGGAUUUCGAGUUUAAAUCCAGCGAGGUACAGGUUGUCGGUACAAACCAUGGACGAGGCGAUAAAUCGUACCAAAAAUCCGUUCUGGUAGGAUCAGGUUUGGGCCUGGCGCUAGUCGCUACAUUCGCAGCUGGUUUGAAGUAUGACUUGAAAGUCAGGGAUCUGGGAUUCAAAGAAAGCCACCAUCUAGGUUAUGUUGUGAAGGACCUGGUCAGACAGCUUAUCUCGUCCAAGUAA